AUGGACGUGGAGGCGACAUUUGGAAUUCGUCUCCUGGCUUCAAUGCUAAUACUGUUUCCUGCCCUCAUCGGACUAAUUCUCCAUUCGCUACUGGCUCUAACGCUUUACAGAGGAUGGAAGACGUUUUAUCUUAUAAGCUUUUAUGUGAUCACGGUACAACUGCAAUGUUGUGAUGUUUGCGCCCUUUUGCUCGAUCUCUAUAUUGCUUUUCCACUUUCGUUAACCGGUUCUCAGUACAUGGGAGACAGUAUCCCAUUAUACUACGGUCCAUUAUUCUUCGAAGGAAUUGCAUUCAAUGGCCUGUUUCUGUUUUCGUUCUACAUGAGCAUCAGCCGAUUUCUAAUAUUUGUCGCUCCACAAAUUCACAACAAACUAUUCUCUUACUGGGGGACGAGGAUAAUAUCAUUAAUUCUCUGGAUUUACGUAUUUAUUUUUAUUGGAUUGUCGAAUUUCUUUGGAUGUCGAAAACAGUUUGCUAAAGAUGGUUUCUACUUUUGGUACAAUUGCAGCAACAGGGUUCCUGGAGAAUUUCACUAUAACGAUUUUAUGAAUAUUCAAGCUUAUUUCAUUCCCGCAGCUAUGAUCAUAAUGUAUGUGAUUAUUUAUGUGAAAAUUAAAGUCCCAUCGGAGGCAGGUACGAAAAGCGAAAUGGAACGAGUGAAGAAAGAAAUCAAAUUCUUCCUGCAGACGGUACUCAUUGGUAUUCUGAUCAUCGUCGAAGUGAUUGCAUUCGUUACGAUACCAUAUUUGAAAGUCAGUGGCUAUGGUCAAUUUUAUCUAAAUAUUUUGCUGAACCUAAUUAUCAUCGCUAACAAUCUUGUUACUCCAAUAGUCAUAUUCUCUUUUAAUUCGGAUAUUCAGAACUGUCUUUCUUUGAAUGUUAUUAGAUAUCGAAUACCUCAUACUCAAGUGGUAGCCUCUGUGCUCUGA